AUGUCGGCUGUAGAUAUUGCUCAUUCGUAUUGCGAGCAUGUCGAUAAACUUUUUCCUGACUCACUGACUCCUAAAUCUCAAAAAUCUCAAAAAAGUUCAAACAAAGGAGCUCGCAUAAGCAAACCGCCUCCAACACUUAUCCCACUAAAAAUUUCAAUCAUCGAAGAAAUGUCCAUUCCACCGAAAAUUUCAUUCAUCGAAGAUAUGUCGGUUUUUAUGCACCCUUACAUCAAGCAGAUCGUAGAUGUUGCGGGGGACGUUAAUUGCAGUUACCGAGUCGUCUCGGUGUUGCUUGGUAAUGGAGAGGGUAGCCAUACGCUUGUCCGUCAUCAACUCAUCCAAGAGUUGAAGAUGCAUAAAGACUCGUACAUGCGGUUAUAUGGAGAGGAAGCUAAAUUUGAAGCGGUUAACGAAGCUCUUGUUCCUUGGAUGGGCGCUUACGCACCAAUGUCAAAAUGGAUGAAAUUAUCAUAA